GGCUCGAACGCAACUUCAGAGCAGCCUGCACUGCGCCUUUUUCUGUUGUUGUUCUUCUGCGACUCGUGUUUGCGCGAAUUGAACUCACUGCGUCACCGCACCCGUCUUGCACGCUCUCACACCGCCACCCUGGUGAAGCGAGGCGAAACACACACACACAUACAUAUUAUUGUAAAUAAAAGAUGUCUGUUACCACUUAUGAUGUGGCGGAGGAGGUCGACCUCUCGAAGCUCAUCCACUUCGGCAUGACCUUCGAGCCGCUGCAGCUCACACUGCGCGACAUCCUGCGCCGUCUCGCGCAGCAGGAGCGGCACAACACGACGCAGGACGACCGCAUUGCGCAGCUGAGCGCCAACGUCGACGACCUUGAGGCGGCGAAUAAGGCGUUGGCGGCGAAGCUGGCGAAGCGCGAGGCCGCAGGGGAUGGGAAGAGGCAUCCGACGGCGGAGCACACGGAGGCGGCGGCCGCGGAGGCGGCGGCCGCGGAGAGCGGCAACCAGGGCUUCGACAGCGAAGCGAUUUGGGACGAAAUCGCGCGCCUCAACAGCGUGCUUGGAGAGCUGCAGGAGGGGGCGGAGCGCGACCGCCACACCAUUGAUGAGAUCUACGCGGUGCGGAAGCGGCGUCAGUCGCAAGGCGCGACGGCGGUCGCUGCGGCAAAAGAGGAAGGGGAGCUGCAGAAAGAAGCCGAAGAGGGUGCGAAAACCGGGCAGGCCGAUCGUAGGGUAUCCACCGGCGUUGAUGCUCAGACACCCCCGCCAGCUCGCACGCAGAGUGCGACCCGCCCGGUGAGUGGCGAGGAGGACGCCACCGCCGCCGCGACGAAGCCGGUGGGCGAUGUGAUCCUGGCGAAGGCCCACGAGAGCCUCGUGUUUGACUCCCCGAAGGUGUACACCGUCUUCGAGGAGACCGCGCCGAUCACGGGGCAGCAGCCGCUGGCCUCGCGCGAGGGCUCGGCCGCCGCGGGUGGGGAGCCGUAUGUGCAGCUGGCUCGCCCCCUCAGCGGCUCCGCUGCCUUCUCCGCAAGCCCUUCGUCUCGCCCCACCUCGCACGCGCACCGCCGCAGCGUGUACGCGGAUCAGCGCAUCGCCGCUGCCACGGCGCGCCGUGCCUCGCAGGCGUCGGGCGGUCUCGCAAGCGAAGCCGCCUCGCGCAACGAAUCCGUCUUCGACAAACUGAAGCGGGAUGGCGACGAUAUCGCGUACUUGAACCGUGUCGUGGCGGAGAUCCUGGGCGAGAUGAAGGGCCUGCACGCGGAUGUCGAUCAACUGCGCACGAGCCAAGCGGAGGAGACGGACGAGGAGGAAGGGGCCGCCGAUUCGAAGACGUCGGGGGCCGGCGCGAGCGCUGCGGAUCUGAGCGAGAUGCGCCGUCGUCUUGCCCGCGUGGAGAGGGAUGCCGUGGACACGCGGCAGCGACUGGAGCACCGCGACGACAGCCUGCAGGAGGAGCUGGACGAGUUGAAGAAGCAGCUGCGCGUCGCACGCGCGCUGACCGACGACGACCUCGAUGCCGUACGUAACGUGCGCGACUUGGCCGAUCGCCUCAAGAAGCUGGAGGAACGCGUGCGGCUUCUGGAGGCUGCCCAUGGCGCGCUGGCAGGACAGUUUGAGGGUGUCCUGGCCAUCGGGGACAAGGGCGAAGGCGGUGCCGCAGACAUCAACCCAGUGCAGUUCGCUGCCCUGCAGGGCGCCGUGAAGAACGCGGAGAAGCAGCUGACCGAUCUGCUCGCUGCGCAGGACGGACAGCAGGAUUGGUCCGAGCAGAUCCGCAAGUUGAACGACGCCGUCCGCGCCGUCGAGCGCGAUGCGGAGGUCGCACGGGAUGAGCUGCAGCGUGCGCUGAGGGAGACGGCGCGGCUAGACGAGGUGAAGGCGAACAAGUCGGACCCAUCGCUCUCGCUGCUGAGCCAGAAGCGCCACAGCUCAGCAGACGGCAACGCCCUUGCGGAUUUGGUCAGCCGCGUGGCACGCGCCGAGACGAGCAUCGACCGUCUGAACGAGGACAAGGCGGACCGCUCCGCCCUGCAGAAGCUGCGCGAUGAGCUGAACGCGCUGCGGCAGCUGGCCGAGUUGACCAGCGCGCAGCUGCGUGACGGUGACGGCUCCAGCGCCGCCCGCUCGUCCGCCGCGAUGGAGAAGCUGCUGCGGGAGUUGCAGGUAGAUGUGAGCGCGCUGAAGGACGCGCAGGAGAGCGGCAACCUCCUCCGCAACGGCGGCGGCGUAGGCGACGACAUGGAUGACUUGAAGGACCGCGUGGAGCGGCUGGACCACUGCAAGGCGGACGCCACGCUUGUCGCGAACAAGGCGGAGCGCGACUACGUCGAAAAUGCGCUGGAGCGGCUGAUGCGGGAGGUGGAGCAGGUGCUGAACGCGACGAACGCCGGCCUCAUCGACACGUUGGAGAAGUCACUGAACAUCUUACGCGACAUGAUCGAUGGGAAGGCCACGAAGCAGGAUGUGGCGAACCUGCAGGGUUGGAUGGCGGAGACGAACGGCGCUGGCGGCCUCGGUGCGGGCGCUGCGGAUGGGCUGACCGGCUUUAAGGGCUUUCGCUGCCUCGGCUGCAAUCGACCGAUGGACAGCAUGCGUCCCCGCACCCUGCCCGCGACGAUGACGCCUUUUCUUAAUAGAAACCCUCAGAACUUUCCGCAGGACAACGUGACACGCACGAUCCAGCAGCAGCAGCAGCAGCAACCGCAGCGCGUGGUCGGAUCCGCGAGCAGCUUCACCGCGGGUGUGCGGAACGCAGGUGCGCCAGGUAGCACCGACGCCAAUCUGCACCGCAGCACCAGUAGUGAACCUCUUCCUCCGAUUGAGCAGUCGUAG